ACCACCGACGCAACCACAUUCAACCCCGGUUGAAACAAAUCAAACUUCACGUCUGUUGCCCUCUUCGACGUCCACAUUUCCUUGACUCAGUGAACUUCACGCCUGUAACGCUCGAGGCCGCCUGCUUGAGACAGCAGGUGUCCCCACCGCGACCGCCAUGAUGGGAGCCGCACCAGCAUACACCGCCGUGCCAGCACGACAUACGCUGCAGCAGCCUCCUCCCCCUCCUUCCGCAGCCCAACCCCCCAAAGUCACCUGGUCGCCCGCCGUACGACUAUACGUCCAGCGCGCCUUUGAGCAAGACAAUGCGAUUCCCGGGAUAGACCAGAAAGCCAUGCAAGACAAGUUGAAGGUCAUCAUCACCGAGGCCGCAGAGUCGGGCCGGUUAGAAAUGAUCGACUGGCGCACCUAUCCUCUUCCUCAGCAUAUGAUUAAGCAAGAACGUGAACAGGCGGCGUUGUAUGGAGCGCAGAACGCCGUUGUGACUAACAUGAAUGCCGCCUUGCCUCCCACCUACGAUGGAGCGUAUUCGCCGCCACCGCAAAACCAACGAAAACGGAAGUCACCCGACACGCAGAUGACUCUGGCCGAGGAACUCGAUACCACCCCGCCGUGGAAGAAGAACCAGAUCACGCAUGGUCUCGAGGAUCGCAUCUCCGGUAAAUCGAAAGCUCAGAGCAAGAAACAGAAAAAGAUCGAAAACAUGCGGCUCAACGCCGAGCUGAGCAAUGCAGACGCGUUGCAAAGACGCCGGCAGCGCUUUGGCCAUACCCCCGAGCCCUCUCCUUACCUUUCAUCUCAUGAGGAUUCUCCCGCCCCCACUGGACCUGUUGUUGGUACCUGUGAGACCCUCGAAAAGAACUACUUCCGGUUGACUGCUCCCCCUGCCCCUCAUACCGUUCGACCCCUACGCAUCCUCGAGCAAGCACUGGACCUGGUGCGGAAGAAGUGGAAGAACGACCAUAACUACACCUACGCGUGCGACCAGCUCAAGUCUAUGCGCCAGGACUUGACAGUGCAACGCAUCAAGACCGAGUUCACCGUCAAGGUGUACGAGGCGCACGCACGCAUCGCGUUGGAGAUGGGAGACCUUGGUGAGUACAAUCAAUGCCAGACACAGCUACGCGCACUCUACAAAUCGCAUCUGGGGGGCAAGCCGGAGGAGUUUGUGGCGUAUCGUAUCUUGUAUUAUAUCUAUACGCGCAACCGCACGGAUCUGAACGACGUGUUGGCCGACCUAACCCCAGCAGACAAGCAGAAGCCUGGGGUGCAACACGCACUGCGGGUGCGCUCUGCCCUGGCUGCUGGGAACUACCACAAAUUCUUUAGGUUAUACGACGAAGCGCCCUUCAUGGGACCCUACCUGUUGGACAUGUUCAUCAAUCGAGAGCGGCUCGCGGCCAUGGCUGCCAUCUGCAAGGCAUACAAGCCAGACAUCAGCGUGCACUUCUUGGCCAAAGAGCUUUCCUUCUACGGCGAAGAAGAUCAAGACGGCACAUCGGACGCAGACGCCGGCGCUCGGCAGUGCCUGGACUUCCUCUGCCAGCACGGAGGCGAGCAUCUCGUGGAGCGCAAAGAGACUGACGUGCGCUUCCUUUGUGGGAAAGCUGGCGCCCUCUUCGAGAACGCGAGAGCUGCCGCAUUCCGUGGCGUCGACAUCAAGGGUCAAAUAUGAUUGCCACUCCCCCUUUUCCGUCCUUUAGCGUCAAUAUCCGACCCGGCCAAGUGCAACGUCCGACAACUGCGCGAGAGGGCCAUGAAAGAAGAAGCUCAGGCUCCCUUUGUUAUUUUUGCACUGGAAGAGUUCGGCAAUCCCCAACGGUACAGUUAUGACGGCUUCCACCUUCCCAGAACUAAUCAUGGAGGAUCGGCGGGGUGAUGUGGAUGGCGGUGCGCAGGCAAACGUACACAUCGGAGCGAAGGGUGAUGACAUGGAAGGGAGAGAGGAGGUUGUGUGUGCUUUCAAGCCCUGAGUGGCACCGUAUGGAUAGUUUGAUGCGAUGCGAACCAUAUUCAACGAAUGCAUAG